AUGGGAGGGGCCGUGCUGGAAGGGGCGAUGUUCGUCGGCGGGCUGGGGUGGUGGCUGGCGGCGCACAGGAGGGGCCACGCCGAGAGGGCCAGCCGCGGAGAGGACCCGGAGGCCCGGGCGCUGGCCGGGCUGGACGGCACGCUCCUGGAGGCGCACCACCUCGUCAUGUCCUGCCAGAGCCAGAGGAGGGGGCUCACGUCCCAGCUGCUCUCGGCGUCCAGGCAGGCCAAAAGGUUCAGGGACGUCCACCGCAAGAUCGACACCUACCUCUCCUUGAUUCCUGUCAUCAUCUACAUCGGCAUAGCACGCCGCCUAGAUGGAAAUCCCAGCUCCUGUUCCCAAUCCCUCCUGGAGGAGUCGGGAGGAGCUGAGGAUCGGGAGUUCAGGUUCGCGGAGAUCGCCGUGGCCACCAACAACUUCGCCGUCGUGCUUAGCGACGACGCCGACUCUGGCACCAAGGUGUACAAGGGGCAAGCUCCACAACGGCACUGA